UAAAUGUGUCUACUAGAAUGAGAUAUCAUCUCACGCUGACAAUGACAAGUCAAUCCUACAAAUGAUCACCAGUGCUAAUCUGUCAGGACGCUCGAGAUGACCGUUUUCCAAUCCGUUUUAGCAAACAAGAAAUUGCUGGCAGCACUGAUCGUGGCCGCCAUUAUAACGGUCUGCGCCAUUACGAUCCCGUUGGUGCUUGUAUCGUCGAGCGAUGAUGAUGAUCCUCAGCCAUUCGUGGGACGAGAUAUCCUCGAUGAGGUUCCACUAAUCGACGGCCAUAAUGAUUUACCAUUCAAUAUCUACAAAGUGGAGCGUAAUCUACUGGCGAACUUCAACUUGGAUUCCAAUCUCAAAGAGCAUCCUGUAUGGGGUCAAACGGCGUCUAGCCAUACGGAUUUGCCCAGAUUGCGGAAGGGCAAAUUAGGGGCUCAAUUUUGGGUGGCUUACAUUCGUUGUGCUGAUACGCAGUACAAGGACGCCGUAGCAAGGACUCUGGAGCAGAUUGAUGUGGCGAAGCGUGUCAUAGCUAAGUAUCCGGAUGAUCUGAAGUACGUUACUACAGCUGAAGGGAUAAUGGAGGCUUUCCAGGAGAAGAAGAUCGCUUCGCUGUUGGUGGUGGAGGGUGGCCAUUCGAUCGAUUCAAGAUUGCCCGUUUUGCGAAUGUUUUAUGAAUUGGGAGUUCGCUACAUGACGCUGACGCAUUCUUGUAAUCUGCCGUGGGCGGAUGCUUCGCCAAUCGAUGAUGAGGACAAUCCACAGCUGAACAAUCUUUCUGAAUGGGGUCACAUAGUUAUUCGGGAGAUGAAUAGACUGGGAAUGAUGAUCGACAUCUCCCAUGUCAGCUACGGAGUAAUGCAGGACGUACUCAAGGAAAGCUUGGCGCCAGUGAUUUUCAGUCACUCGUCGGCGCACACGGUUCAUCAACAUCACCGAAAUGUGCAAGACGAUGUUUUACGAGGUCUAGUGAAGAACAACGGAAUUGUCAUGGUCAACUUUUAUCCACUGUUUGUAGGAGGAAAUACGAUCGAUGAUGUAGUUAAGCACUUCAAUCACAUUAAAUCCGUUACGGGUCCAGAUCAUAUUGGUAUAGGUGGUGACUACGAUGGAGUUGGACAAACUCCUGAGGGGUUGGAGGACGUAUCAAAAUACCCGGACUUAUUCGAUAUGUUGGCUUCCGGAAAUCUUACAACUGGUGAAACCUUCCAACCGUGGACGAGAGACGAACUACGGAAGCUGGCUGGACUCAAUCUGUUGAGAGUAUUCAAGCAGGUCGAACGUGUUCGUGAUAACAUGCUGGCUACGCCUCCAUAUGAAGACAUUAUACCGUUUGCAGAAUUUGAAAAAGCCGGAGCUGCCGACCAACCUUGCAUGACCAAUAUGAAUAUUCAUAAAGAGUGAAAUAAAUCAUAGCCCCAAAAAA